AUGGAUCGCAUCGAACCCAUCGAGGAACACGCCUCGGGGGAUGCCCAGGGGUCUUCUCCAGCGCAGUCCUCAGGGUCUACUCCUCCCAGGCCAGCAAGCCCUACACCAUUGCGCCCGCGGGCUCCUUCGCUUCGGACACGACGACCGAGUAUCCGCCUGUCCCGCUUACCGUCUAUCAGCUCCCUAGAUACCGCCAAUCAAUCGACGCCAUCGCAACAGGGCAACCAGCCAUUAUCGUCCUUUGAACGUCAAGCCAUCCAAUCUCCUCCCCCAAAUGAAGAAGAUGAGGCAUGGUCGGGAGGUCGACGGCGCAGCAGCUCCGAACCCCGUCCGGGCCGGUGGUCUUCUCCUGCCACGCAGACGCUGUCAAGGGUCGCCACCGCGACUCCAGGGCGGAUGAUGCCGUUAUCCGAGGAAUCGUCGCGCCAAAGCCCGGCAGCGCUCUCUCCGCCUGCGAUAGAUCACGAUCAGACAACUGAGCAAGAUUUCGAGCGCCCGGAUCAGCUUGAGGCCCCACCCGCAGUAGCGCGACCCGCAGGUCGCCUUCGACGAACCAGCCAAGCUGCAUUGAAUAGGUUCUCCCGGAAUCGCGCGUCAACAGUCUCAGGAGCACCACCCACUCUCAGUUCUCAGGAGCAGCAGCGCCAAGACGAAGAGCGGCUGGAGGAACAGCGCAAAAAAGAAUAUGGCUCUCAUGUGGUCGACGUGCUAGACGUUAUAGACCCUGAAGUGUCUGCGCUGUCGACUCUGACCAACGUCCAGAACUCCCUUUUCGUGCCGAACUUGGGUAGCUUCAUCAAUCGUAUGCCCACUUACACCAUUUCUCGGCCGCAGUACUCUUCGGAUGAAGACCAGGAGACUACAACAGAUGAGGGGGAAUUAUCUGAGGAAGCCAAGCUCAAGAAGGAUAAGGAACGACGUCCGUUGGAAAGACUUCGCCCGUCCGCUAGCAUGUCCUCGGUGUUGCCUGGUCCUCGUUACGCCGUUCUCCCUGAAACCCGCGGGCUGGAAGGGUGGACCAAGGAAGACUAUGCGGAACUCAACGAUCAUGUUCGGCAUAUGCUUCACUCCCGUCGGUCCAAGUUCAAACGGUCAAUGAGAGGAUUUGGGCAGUACGUGCGGAAGCCUCUUGGGUUUUGUAUUACUCUCUAUGCAACUUUGAUUACGUUGUUUGGUCUGGCCUGGGUGCUCUUCCUGAUUGGUUGGAUUAACAUUGGUGGAAAACAACUCUAUGUCAUCAAUAUCAUCGAUAACGUUUUGGUGGCUCUGUUUGCUAUCAUGGGUGAUGGAUUAGCUCCUUUCCGUGCAGUCGAUACAUACCACAUGUGUUUCAUCGCGCAUUACACGUUUUUGACAUGGAAAAUUCGUCGAAAGCGUGCUCUGCCCAACCUCAAAGACAAGAACGAUCUCCCAUCGAAGCCCGAGAAGGAUGCCGACGUCGAAUCUGGUGACAUGAUCAAAGAAGACGAACAUGAAUACUCUGUGCUCAGCCCUCGCCAACAGCUGCGGUUGAUGCACCACCAGCAUAAAUUUGCCAAAUCCCACACCUUUUACAAACCCCACGAAACCAUGACACAUCACGCGUUCCCUCUCCGUAUCCUCAUUGCCAUCGUCGUUGUUCUCGACUGCCACUCUCUGCUCCAGAUGGCUCUUGGUGCUUGCACCUGGAGUAUGGAAGACUACAACAAGCGGCCUUUCGCCCUAACUACUGUUAUCCUGUGUUGUUCCAUUGCUUGCAAUAUCACAGGUGGUGUAAUGAUCAUGAUUGGUGAUCGCCGAGCUCGUAAGAAGGAAGUUGUUGAACGGCUGUUCCGCCAGGAGUUGACUGAAGAAGCCAUGAAGAAGAUGGAGAAGAAGAAGGUCAAAGAGGAGCGCAGGAGCAUGCAGAUUGAGGAGCGCAGGAGUAUGCAGGUUGAGCGCAAGAGCGCACAACUGGAUCGCCCUGCGAUUCCCGAGCCGUACAAUGGCACCUGA